AGGAGUCGGUGCAUGAAGGAAGCGUGAACUCUAAUAGACAGUAACCGCCUUAAUCACUUUUCUUGUGAUCGCAUGCCCCUUUUGGACAUUGUUGAUGUGGAAUGCUGCAAGACCGAUUCACUGAUUUAUGGGUGGACAGCAGCGGCAGACAGCAAGGGAGCAGGGUGGCCUUGAUCGUAGCAAGGAAUAAGCCACACGUCACGGUGUCGCCUGAUUACAGCACCAGGAGAGGGGCAGCAAAGCAGGUGGAGGAAAGAUUGAUCCACCCACUUGAGAUAGGAGAGAGUCACCUCUUAUAUCUUGUUGAAGUUGGAAAAGAGACCAUGACUGUGACAUUGAUUGACAGCAAUCACUGUCCUGGCUCUGUCAUGUUCUUGUUUGAUGGCUAUUUUGGCACAAUUCUAUACACAGCAGUUUUUGCUCCAGAUUCCAAUAUCUGCCGUCCUACUCUGCUCCUGCCAGUCCCCAGGGUCCGGACAGACUCGCCAUCCCACGCAGGCGGCAGAAGGGAAUACCCCCGCUAUAGACGUCCACAGCGCCGCCCGACUCAGCCUCGCAGACGCAGCACACACCGAAAGCGACGUGACCGCAGCGGACUCCGAGUCCGUCGAACCUCCGAGCCGACGACCAUCCUCUCCGGCACAGCUUCUCGAGGACCAUCCUCUGCCAAGCGUAUUAACACAGUCCCGCCAACGGCCAUCGGCAACGCGACCCCGAGGACUGGGGGCCUGUUCUUCCCAGCAGAGUCCCGGACCUCGCAGCAGCAACGAAUCCCAGAAUCAAACAGCAAGCAUAUCCUGUCAGAUACAAAGACCGGACCAAAUCCCAAAAUUGAGUUGGUUGUCGGUGGAAAACACGAUUUUAAACAAAGUCAAAGUCAAUUGAAGAAAAAAAAUGGAAUCCGUUAACUCCACCAGAUGUGUGGGGAUUGAAAUUUGCAACAAAAGCUCGAGCAAACUUUUAACUGAACCUCAGAAGAUUAAAGAGAAUUCGUCCUAAUACCAUCCCGUGUGGCAAUGUGUCCAGCUUCAUUUCAGAACUGCUUUGGAAUUUUUCACUUUAUUGAGAGUAUUCCCACUUUUAAAUACAAGGACCAACAUUUGCAGUGGCGAAGUGCACACGUCACCUCACCGCACCAUUCACCAGGGACAGAAAGAAAUGAGCAUCUUCAAAAAGUGUGCAUACUCAGUCUGCGGCGUUGCCGGGUUGCUGAGCUACCAUCUUGGUAACACCCAGAUCUCCGUGCUGGUUUCCAACCCUUACAACCGCUACAUGUACAACAUUGAGUAUACUCUGUAUGUCCCCGACAAAAUCACUCCGACUGACUGCAAUUUCUAUAAAAAGAUGAAAAACGAACUAAUGGAAUCGGCUUCCUUCACCAAGACAGCGCUGGGAAAGGGUAACCCAUCUCUGAACAUCACAAAUAAGGGUAUAUAUGUUUGAGCCACUAUAUCUAAUAAGCAGAAAGUGAUUCUCAAAAUAGAUAUCAGAGGUGAUUAAGUUAACUCUCUGUUAAACCUCAUAGAGUUCAUGAUAGUUACAAAUCUCUGCAUAGUGAAGCCGCGUUACCAGGGUUACCAUUAAAUUCAUUCGAUCACCCCUCCUUUCAUAUAAUCUGUAAUCUUUUUGUUAUUGUUUCUCAUUUCUUUCUUUAAUGUAAUGUACUAUCAUGACUACAGUGGCUAAAGCCAAUAACUCAUUCCAUUUUCUAUUACCUCAGUGCUUGAAAAGUAAAUAUUUUAACUUCUUAUGUUAUGAAGAACAGUUUAAGGUUUAUUGGUAUCUUGACAGCUUUAAUAACAUUUCCAAAAAUACGAAAACAAUAAUGUUCCAACGGUACUGCUUGUUUCAUUUCGCUUAAUAAUUAAUAAAUAAUUCACAGGAAGAACUUAUUAAUACCACACUGAUGAAACCAUUCAGCUCACACAAAAGAGAAUGUACUAUGUGGCAGGAAUAAAUGACUGGCUAGUGAAUUCAUUUUUCAGUGUAUUUUAUGUAACCAUGACAAGCACUGCACUGUAAUACAAAGUCCAAGGGUUGUUUGGCUCUUCACUAGAGAUAUCUUUCAAUGUUAUUCCACUGAAGGUAGAAGUGGGAGAUGUAGAUCAGCUUUGGAAUUAUGCACAGUUUAGAUGCAUGUCGAAGUAACUGUCAUCACCAAUAAUAAA